UCCCUUUUAUGUUAUAGGAGGGGAGACCGAAACGAAAUGGCAGAAACUCCAAAAGAAGAAAAAACAAAGGGCUCGUUGUUGAUGGACGAAUUGUUGGGUCUGCUACGGAUUCGGGUCAAACGGGGCGUCAACCUCGCCGUUCGUGAUGUCCGAAGCAGCGACCCUUACGUUGUUGUUAAGAUGGGUAAACAGAAACUGAAGACUCGUGUAAUAAAGAAGGAUGUUAAUCCUGAGUGGAAUGAGGAUUUGACUCUUUCCGUAAUGGAUCCUAGUGUUCCAAUAAAAAUGGUAAGUUCUUUUGUUACAAUAUCAAUGGAGUGUGAAACUGAAAGCCAGUUCAACUUCAACAACCAGCACUUGCAUUAUAUAUGGUAGAACA